ACACACUUAAUUCACUACUAUUUUGCUUCAGAAUUUUAUGAAACAAUGGUAGUCUUGCAACUUCAAUUUUUAUUAGUUCCUUUGCUCACAAGCACCAUGGGAGCGGCACAAUAUAUGAUGCAAGAUGCAGCGCUGAUGAACUACAUUGACCGGCGUUUCCUGUCUUUAGAGAAGAGGCUGGAAAAAUGCAACCAAGACAUACUGGAUUACGUGGAAGAAUUUCGAGACUUUUCAAAGAUGGUACUGGCACGCCUGGCACGACUGAACAGUUACAAGGCUGAGGUUAAAAGUGAAUUAGAGAAUUUGCUAACAAGAAUUGAACGAGCACAGGGGGACAUUGACUACUUUGGAUCUGUCACAGUUUCUAAUACAUGUAUAGAAGUACAUGAAGACCUGGUGAAACAGCAGCUAUUUGAAGAAGCAGAAACAAAAAAGAAACUUAAGCUCAUGCUUAAUGCAAGUUGCGACCACAUGCUUUCAGGUAUUAAGUCCCUAAAGAUACUUAAGAAGACUGGAGAUAAGCAUGGCUCUUGGAUGAAAGAUCCUGGCAAAAAGCAUGCAAAGAUCUAUUUAUUCAAUGGUUCUGUAAAUAAUGUUAUUUUGGAAUUUGCAAAUAUCAUGACAUUCGUGGAAAGCAAUCAUAUGCUAAAAGCUCACAAAGUCACCUUGCCAUUUCCCUGGCAAGGAACUGGCCACAUCAUAUAUCAGGGUUUCCUGUUCUAUCACAAAUACAGCUCCUUAAAUGAAAUAAUUAAAUUCAAUAUCCAGAAAAGAAACAUAACUGACCAAAUGCUAUUGCCAGGGGCUGGAAGAAUUCCUGCUUAUCAGCUUUCUCCACCUACAAAAAUAGAUCUUGCCAUUGAUGAGCAAGGGCUCUGGGCAAUACAUGCAGAACCAGAGACUGAAGGAAACAUUGUAAUCACUAAAAUCAACCACAUAACCAUGACAGUAGAGCACACCUGGGACACAUCAUGCAAUAGCAAGGAUGCUGAAGCAGCUUUCAUGAUAUGCAACACACUCUAUGUUGUCUACAACUUUCCAAGUGGAGGCACCUCUCGCAUACAAUGUGUUUAUGAUGUUUUGGAUGCUGUAAAUACUUAUGAAAUCCCAGUAUUGCAUUUUCCAAAGCGUCAGGGUAGCCAUUCCACUAUACAUUACAAUCCUAAAGAAAAACAACUCUUUGCUUGGGGUGAUGGAUCCCAGAUCAUUUAUAAGCUGCACACAAAGCAAAAAGUUUAGAAUCUUUAGCAACUUUACAAGUACACUUAAAAGCUGUCAGCCCCAUAUCAAGGUGAUCAUUAAAGCAUAUUAAAAUUACAGUAUUGCCAUUUGUUACAACUUUCAUCUAUUUUGCAUUCAUUUAGGCUUUCAUACCCAGUGAUCUUAAACUUAUGUCCAAUUAAUAAUAUGUAAGGACUCCAUUAAUAUAUAUUACAUGAUGAUCCAACACCACAUAGGUACACACACUGCCAAAUCAGUCUUAAAGACUAAAGCUAAUUAGGAAAAAAACAAAAAACAAACAAAAAAAAAACAACACA